AUGAAGCAAAAGCGUCAGAGAGCCGAAACGGGUCCAUUGGAGCUUGCCAACCGCAAGACUGACGAACAAUUUAUCAGAGAUUAUCUCAAAGCGGGACCCGGCAAAGAUACGUGGACGACAGUUUGGGCCCAUCCAAAAACCGGUACUGAGUACAGCAUUGACCUGAUACGAGCGGAGGAUAUAUCGGAAGCCGAUAUCUCAGCCUGCUUUCAACUGAUUGAGCAGACAAGCCGAGCAGAUUAUGAAAAAUCAACAUUCAAGUGGCAGCCCAAGAAGAAACUCAAGGAGAUGAAGUCUCCCGGGCUACGGUACAUUUUAGUGAAGGAGAAAGUCACAAUGGCCAUCCGGGGCUUCACUUCGCUCAUGCCAACUUACGAAGAGGGCGAGCCUGUUAUUUACUGCUAUGAGCUUCAUCUUCAGCCGGAGCUGCAAAGAACAGGGCUGGGCUCGCUUCUCAUGAGUUUUCACUCUACCGUGGCCGCUAAUCUACCGCCCAUCAAAAAAGUCAUGUUGACGUGCUUUCUGUCGAAUCAGCGUGGGCUGAGUUUCUACAAAAAGCUGGGCUUUGAAAGAGACGAGAUCUCACCUGUCCCGCGGGAGCUGCGCCACGGCAAGAUAUUCAAUCCCGACUAUGUCAUCAUGAGCAAACCGGUUCGGCCAAUCGUUGACACGGGGAACUCUGGAAGCCCUCCUGAGACCGUUGUCAACGCCGAGGCUAGCUGA